UCCAAGUGACACCAGUUUUAUCAACAUCGAGUCCCAGUCGAGGCGAGUUAAAAUAGUGAUGAAAAAUUUUGCCAACAUAAUUUCUUUUGUGGUACUUUUGACAGGAUGCACCUCCGCUUCAUCCUGUCAGCUCAAAAUAAUGGAGCCUUCGCCCUUAUUUACAAAGAAAUUUGGAUCAAAAACCAUUAUUUUCAAAGCGCAAGGAGUAGAUUUGUUUUUUGAAGACGGCGAAACUAUUCAGGCAUAUUGUAACGACGGAAUAAUGAUACAGACUGAAAAAUAUAAUUCCUAUAAGAAUAUCUAUAAUUCUGAGAACGAUAAUAUGGCAGCGUUCUCUUGUGAUGGAACUUCAAUUCUUGCCCACGAUAAUUAUUAUGACAAUUUACAAGUUUCCUGCCAUCCUUCAUUUUUAAGUUUUUUUGAAAGCAAAAAAAAACUGCCAAAGUGUGGAAGUUUCAUUAGCUAUGCAAUCGGUGUUAAAUUCCCAACUGUGGGUGAUGUCAUCAAAGCUGGCGUCUGUUAUGACUUGGACAAACUUACAUUGAAAUUCGCCACCUACAUUGCUGGUCAUCAAAAGGUUUCAAUAUUAAAUGAGUCGAAUAGUGGGAGCAAGUUGUCUAUUGAUCUAAAUCAAAAAGUGAAUGGCUUCAAAAACUAUUUUAAUUUCGUAAACCAAAACUUACUAGACGAUUUACAGAAACGUGGAGAAUUGAAUUUUAACUCACAUGAAUUUCAAUUCGUGAGUUUGUUGCAAGACGAACCUUUAAAUACUGAACUUUAUGGCUACGCUCAUAUAUUCAACACAAUGUGGUGGCGUCAACUGCGCGAAGAGAACUGGCGUUACUUCCUUGAUGCCCUUCAUGAACGCACACGGUCCAGUAAGUUUCUUGUUUAUGUGGGCACAUAUGGCAAUAUCACCAUACCUGCCCCACAAGGUAGUUGUAGUUCGGUUAAAAGCGAAGUGGUGUCAGUACGUACGGAGGAUGUGCUAGUCCAGGCACCAGCUUACAUCUGGGCCUACUUGAAGUCUCUAAUACCCGGUGAAUCGGAAAGUUUCGUAGUUAUAGGGCAUAACUCCCCUUAUGCAAAGAAUCCGGGACACAGCGAGUUCUGUAAAAUCGAUAUGUGCGACGACAUUGUUUGGCUGAAGGGAAGCAAAUUCGGGAACUUACGACGUCUGCCUACCCUCGGUUACACUUUCUGUUGCCGGCCCGAGGAGGUGGCCAAGAUUAUUGAUAAUUUUCCUUUUGAAGAUGGUCAGAUGGAAGCAACAACAAAAAGCACCAUACAAGAAACAAUGAAUUAUCCAGAUGAAUGGUGAAUAAAAAUUGCUUUUACCAAAUACAAACUGAGACAAAAUAUGUGUGUAUAUAUAUAUUUGUAAAUAUUCUAGCAGAUGUGUGCAUUAAAUAAAAGCUUUUUUUAAUCGCUAAAUGUA